AUGAGAACAGCUGCCCUCCUCUUCACCAUCCUCUUCUUUAUGAGCCAAGUUCUGCCAGUCAGAGGCAACCUCAAGGAGAUCUGUGAGCGCCCAAAUGGCUCCUGCCGAAGAUACUGCAUCCAAACGGAAAUCCACGUUGGGAGAUGCUUAAAUAACAGACCUUGCUGCUUGCCCCUGGGGAAACAGCCAAGAAUCAAGAGUACAACAACCAGGAAGAAAUGA